UCGCCAAAUCCUAAUUUGUUUCGCGACCACCGAAAUUUCUAGAGAGAAAAAGCGAAAAGAGAGGGAAAAGAGAAAAUUUUAGAGAGAGAGAGAGAGAGUAGAAAACCUAAACCCUCGCCCCCUCGAAAUCGAAGAGCUAGGGUUUCGAGAGCCUUGCUCUACAUCGAGAAUCUCCACUGUUGCUAGGGUUUCGUGACUGAGGUUUGGUCGGCCAUGGCGGAGAAGCUUAGGGAUCUGAGCAAGCCGAUCGAUGUUCCGCUUCUUGAUGCGACGGUGGCUGCGUUUUACGGGACUGGAUCCAAAGAGGAGAGAGCAGCAGCAGACCAGAUAUUGCGGGAAUUGCAAAGCAACCCUGAUACAUGGUUGCAAGCAGUCCAUAUUCUACAAAACUCACAGAACUUGAACACUAAGUUUUUUACUCUUCAGGUAUUAGAAGGUGUUAUCAAAUAUAGAUGGAAUGCUUUGCCUGUUGAACAACGAGAUGGGAUGAAGAACUAUAUAUCUGAUAUUAUUGUACAGCUUUCAAGUGAUGAAGCCUCUUUUCGUCGGGAGAGGUUAUAUGUCAACAAGCUGAACAUUAUUUUAGUUCAGAUAUUAAAGCACGAGUGGCCAGCUAGAUGGAAAAGCUUCAUUCCUGAUCUUGUAUCAGCGGCUAAGACUAGUGAGACAAUCUGUGAAAAUUGCAUGGCUAUAUUAAAGCUCCUGAGUGAAGAAGUUUUUGAUUUCUCAAGAGGAGAGAUGACUCAGCAGAAAAUCAAAGAACUGAAACAGUCAUUAAACAGCGAGUUUCAACUUGUUCAUGAGUUGUGCUUAUAUGUGCUCUCGGCAUCUCAAAGAACAGAGCUUAUACGGGCCACAUUGGCAACUCUUCAUGCUUUCUUAUCAUGGAUUCCUCUGGGCUAUAUAUUUGAAUCGCCACUGCUGGAGACUCUCCUGAAAUUCUUUCCCGUGACAUCAUAUAGGAAUCUCACGCUCCAGUGUUUAACAGAGGUUGCUGCUCUUCAGUUUGGUGACUUUUAUAACAUGCAAUAUGUUAAAAUGUACACUAUUUUUAUGGUACAGCUGCAGACUAUUCUACCACCUGGGACAAAUAUACCCGAUGCUUAUGCAAAUGGUUCGAGUGAAGAGCAGGCAUUUAUCCAAAAUCUUGCACUGUUUUUCACUUCAUUUUAUAAGUCUCAUAUCCGCAUAUUGGAGACAACUUCUGAGAACAGAGCUGCAUUGCUAUUGGGUCUUGAAUAUUUGAUCAGUAUCUCCUAUGUUGAUGACACAGAGGUUUUCAAGGUCUGUCUGGACUAUUGGAACAUAUUAGUACUUGAGCUUUUCGAGUCUCACCACAAUUUGGAUACUCCGGCUGCAACUGCGGGAAUGAUGGGCUUUCAGAAUACGUUGGUUUCUGGGAUGGUCGAUGGCCUUGGUUCGUCGCUUCUACAACGGCGACAACUCUACGCUAUUCCAAUGUCAAAGCUAAGAAUGCUCAUGAUAUGUCGGAUGGCUAAGCCUGAAGAGGUUUUGAUUGUUGAAGAUGAAAAUGGCAACAUUGUUCGUGAAACUAUGAAAGACAAUGAUGUUCUUGUUCAGUAUAAGAUCAUGAAGGAAACGUUGAUAUACUUGGCACAUCUUGAUCAUGAAGACACUGAACAGCAGAUGUUAAAGAAGUUAAAUAAACAAUUGAGCGGGGAGGAUUGGUCCUGGAAUAACUUGAACACUUUAUGCUGGGCUAUUGGAUCGAUAUCUGGGUCUAUGCAGGAGGAUCAGGAGAACAGGUUUCUUGUGAUGGUCAUUCGUGACUUGCUGAAUCUCUGUGAAAUCACAAAAGGGAAAGACAACAAAGCGGUUAUUGCCAGUAACAUCAUGUAUGUUGUUGGACAGUAUCCAAGGUUUCUCAGGGCUCACUGGAAGUUCUUGAAAACAGUGGUUAAUAAGCUGUUUGAGUUCAUGCACGAAACACAUCCAGGAGUUCAGGAUAUGGCAUGUGAUACUUUCUUGAAAAUUGUUCAGAAAUGCAAGCGCAAAUUUGUGAUCACGCAGGUUGGUGAGAAUGAGCCGUUUGUGUCUGAACUGUUGUCUAGCCUUGCAAAUACAGUCGGAGACCUUGAACCUCACCAGAUUCAUACAUUCUAUGAGUCGGUUGGGCACAUGAUCCAAGCAGAAUCUGAAGCUACAAAGAGGGAUGAGUAUCUGAAAAGGUUAAUGGAACUUCCGAAUCAGAAAUGGGCAGAAAUUAUUGGAGAAGCCAGCCGAAGUGUUGACAUUUUGAAGCAACAAGAGGUUAUAAGAACUGUUCUUAAUAUCUUGCAGACGAACACCAGUGUUGCCAGUUCACUUGGGACAUUUUUCUUUCCUCAAAUAUCAUUGAUAUUCUUGGACAUGCUUACUGUUUACAGAAUGUACAGUGAGCUUAUAUCUAGUAGUAUAGCGGAAGGGGGGCCUUAUGCUUCAAGGACUUCGUUCGUGAAACUUCUGCGGUCUGUAAAGCGAGAGACUCUCAAGCUAAUAGAAACCUUUUUAGACAAGGCUGAGGAGCAGCCCCAUAUAGGAAAGCAGUUUGUCCCACCAAUGAUGGAUCCUGUCCUUGGUGACUAUGCAAGAAAUUUGCCUGAUGCGAGGGAGUCAGAAGUCUUAUCGCUAUUUGCCACAAUAAUAAAUAAAUAUAAAGCUGUAAUGAUGGAGGACGUACCUCGGAUAUUCGAAGCUGUUUUUCAGUGCACUCUUGAGAUGAUCACCAAGAACUUUGAAGAUUACCCCGAGCAUCGCCUCAAGUUCUUUUCUCUAUUACGAGCAAUUGCUACGCAUUGUUUUCAAGCUUUAUAUCAAUUAUCAAGUCAGCAAUUGAAGCUUGUCAUGGACUCUGUCAUCUGGGCUUUUCGUCAUACUGAAAGGAAUAUUGCAGAGACUGGUCUUAUUCUUUUGUUGGAGAUGCUCAAGAAUUUCCAGGCUUCAGGUUUCUGUAAUCAGUUCCACAGGACCUACUUUUUAACAAUCGAGCAAGAGAUCUUUGCUGUUUUGACAGACACCUUUCACAAGCCAGGUUUCAAGCUGCAUGUUUUAAUUCUGCAGCAUCUGUUUUGUCUGGUCGACUCUGGUUCGUUAACUGAGCCCUUGUGGGAUGCUUCCACUGUAUCUUUCCCUUACCCGAAUAAUAUGGUGUUUGUUCGUGAUUACACCAUAAAACUUCUAGGAUCAUCAUUCCCAAAUAUGACUUUAGCAGAGGUGACACAAUUUGUUGAUGGGAUCUUUACAUCAAGAAGUGAUCUCCCGGCUUUCAAGAAUCACAUUAGAGAUUUUCUUGUACAGUCCAAAGAAUUUUCAGCUCAGGACAAUAAAGAUCUUUAUGCAGAGGAGGCAGCAGCCCAAAAAGAAAGGGAACGCCAAAGGAUGCUGUCCAUUCCAGGCCUUAUUGCCCCGAACGAACUGCAGGAUGAGAUGGUUGAUUCUUAGUGUUUGUGUUCAAGCAUCAAUCUGACAACCCCUAAUUUCAGAAGAAUAUCGUUUUGCCCUUAUCUUCUAAUUCUACAGGGUGCUUCACAUCUCCUAUGGUGUUAAUGCGGAAUUUAUCGCUAGAGUGCCUAGCUUUAUCUUAGAUUUUUUUUCCUUCUUUCCCCUCUGUUUUUUUUUAGUUUAGUCAUUUUUUGCUGAAUUUGAUGGGGGGAAAAUUUCGGGGAAGAUGUUAGAAACCUUUGCUGUUUCAGGAAGCUGUUUUGGACUGCUUGUGAUACUUGCUAGCGAUUUCUUAUGUCUAGUUGAAGCAGCAGCAGUUUCUUGUAGCAGCUAGGACUCAAAUAUUUAACCCUGGAUGCAGAGAUAUUUGGCAACAUUUUGAUCAGCCAUCAGCUGUGUAGUAUAGGAUUGUUUGUGUUCUAUAUACCAUCCCCUUUCCCAAAGAAAUAGAAUUUGACAGGAUCCUAUGUACUUCAUUUGCUUGUUAAAUAUUUGUGUAUUCUAAGUUGUAUUAUGUAUUUUUUUUUAAACUGAUGAUACUGUUGAAAUGGUGUUUUUGCUUGUAAUCCCUUGCUGUUUAUGCAUAUUUAAGAAGGUUCGUAGUUAUGCUUC